AGGGCGGCCGUUGCAGGAGCGCGCGGCCCUAAGUGCUGAGCAGAGCUGCCUCCAGCCCGGUUCCUCCCUCCUGCGCUUUCUGCCGUCUCAGGUCCCGGUGCUCAGAGUGCAGCCUCUCUCGGUGUAGCUGAGCCACGGCCUCGCGUGACCCUCAGCUAGCCAGCGGUGCCGGGGAGAGGUGGGAGGAACUGCCACGCCCCGCAACCACACCCAGCCAUCUCCCGCCCGGAGCCUGCAGCUUUGAGCCAGCCUUGAGCCCACCUUGCUCCCUUUCUCAAAGCAGUGACGCAAGGCACAGCUGCAGCCAGUCCACCCCUGCCUGGACCAAAGGGGGCCACAUUCGAGUGAUAGGUGGAGUGUCCCGUGGCUCCCGGCAUUGACUUGGGACCCGGAAGGGAUGAGACGGAACUCUGGUGUCUUUUGGUAAUUGUGGUUGCUUGAAGCUUGUCGCCCCCUGGCCUACAGGGGGAGGAGAGCAUGUUGUAUUGUCCUAGGCCCUAUAGCAGCGUGAGCCAGUCCAAGCAGUGUCUGUAGAACUGGCACCCUUAAUAGUUGGGAUAAAUGGCUAUGACACUAUUGGAAGACUGGUGCAGGGGAAUGGAUGUGAACUCCCAGAGAGCUCUGUUGGUCUGGGGGAUCCCUGUGAACUGCGAUGAGACCGAAAUCGAAGAGACCCUCCAAACUGCGAUGCCCCAGGUAUCCUAUCGAGUACUGGGGAGAAUGUUCUGGAGGGAAGAAAAUGCGAAAGCAGCUUUGUUAGAGCUAACUGGGGCAGUGGAUUACUCCCUGAUCCCCAGGGAGAUGCCAGGCAAAGGAGGGCUCUGGAAAGUUCUGUUUAAGCCCCCUACUUCCGAUGCAGAGUUUUUGGAAAGGCUGCACCUCUUUCUAGCUAGGGAAGGGUGGACCGUGCAAGAUGUUGCUCGUGUGCUUGGGUUUCAGAACCCUGCUCCAGCUCCAGGCCCGGAAAUGCCAGCAGAGAUGCUCAAUUAUAUUUUGGAUAAUGUUAUUCAACCUCUUGUCGAGUCCAUAUGGUAUAAAAAGCUGACGUUGUUUUCCGGAAGGGACAUUCCUGGGCCUGGCGAGGAGACCUUUGAUUCCUGGCUGGAGCACUCAAACGAAGUCAUAGAGGAAUGGCAGGUGUCUGAUAUAGAAAAGAGACGGCGGUUGAUGGAGAGUUUGAGAGGCCCGGCUGCUGAUGUCAUCCGCAUCCUCAAGACCAACAACCCUGCCAUAACCACCGCAGAAUGCCUGAAGGCUCUCGAGCAGGUGUUCGGGAGUGUGGAAAGCUCUAGAGAUGCACAGGUCAGAUUUCUGAACACUUACCAGAACCCAGGAGAAAAGUUAUCUUCAUACGUUAUCCGUCUGGAGCCUCUGUUGCAAAAGGUAGUGGCCAAGGGGGCCAUUGAUAAAGACAAAGUAAACCAGGCCCGCCUGGAGCAGAUCAUCGCUGGGGCCAACCACAGCGGGGCGCUUCGAAGGCAGUUGUGGCUGGCCAGGGCUUCGGAAGGGCCUGCACCCAACCUCUUCCAGUUAUUGGUGCAAAUUCGAGAGGAGGAAGCCAAAGAGGAGGAGGAGGAGGCUGAGGCCGCACUCUUGCAGCUAGGUCUGGAGGGGCACUUAUGAGUCCCAGGAUUGGCCAGGCUGCUUUUGAUAUCCCUGUGAAGUUUUAGUAAGCCUGCCACUAAAAGUAAACACCCAGCCUCCUUCUGGUUUUUUGUUUUCUGAGGGACGGGAGAGGAAAGUCAGGCCCUCAUAUUCCGGUAACAUUCACAGAAUUGUAGUAAAGGUGGUUCAUUCUGCCGAAAGUGAAUGCUUGAUGCCAGCCCUCCUGGUGACAUCUUUGACAGCUGUGAAAAACGUGAAGCUGUGACACUUCCUGUCAAGAUGGUUGUGAAGUUCUGACGCUAAGUGCACGCCCGGUUCACAGGCUGUCCAGUACAACGUCUUCUCUAUGUCAGUAGCCCUGGAUAGUUUUACUGUACACCGUUGCUCAUUUGUAUGGAUGGAAAGAAGGUGAUUCUAUUAGAUGAUAUUACUCAUCUUGAAAAGACAGAUUUCUAAUUGCACAUGGCUCAACGCUUCCCUGAAAAGUUUCCCUGAAAAGUAUCCUCGGCCUAAAAGUGUCGUGUUAGAAAAAUGCACCUUUAUAGACCUACACAAUCAAUUCCUCACGGUGGAAGAUACAGACAUAAGUCCCAGGGGGAGUGGCCGUGGACAAGCUACCCUUCCCCCACUCCAAAGAUUGGUCAUUUAAUUAUUGGUCAUGUUGAUGCUAAGGGUUCUACGUUUGAAGUUAUUGAAUAGAUGUAUACAAAAUAAAAAUUUGAAAA